AUGAUUUCAGAAGCUUAGGAAAUUAUAUAAAUUGUAGACAGAUAAAACAAUCCCAUAAGGGCAGCUACAAGGCAAGAAAUGAGAGAUAAAUUAUUAAUUCAUAGAACUACUCUUAUAUUUUUAGAAAACAGAAAAAAUUAAAAAUUAUACAUAUCAAAAAGAUCGUAACUAAAAAAAUGGUGCCCAGGUUUAUGGGAUUUAGCAUUUGGAGGAGUAAUUUAAUAUAAUGAAACUUAUGAAUAAAAUGCACAAAGAGAGCUUUUAGAAGAGGCAGGGGUAAAUGAAAAAAUGGUACCUUUAUUUACUUUUUAUUAGGAUGAUGUACCUUUAUCAGCGCCUGUUUGGUGUAAAGUAUUUUAUGCUAAAACUGAUUAAUAAUUAACACUUUAAAAAGAAGAAGUUGAUGAAGCUAAAGAAAUGAGUUUUUAAGAAAUUACCGAAAUUAUCAAAAACAAAUCAUAAUUUGCACCAGAUGGUUUAAGAGCAUUUGAAAUUUUUACAUAAAACUUUAAAGAAUAUGAAAAUCUAAUAAAAAAUAUUUGA